AUUUCCUGUGGGAAAAUCAGGCAAUCCCAUUGCCAGACAUCAACAAGAGCUUUCAUUUUCUCCAGAAAAAGCACCCUGGCAGGCUCUAGAUUAGCGAGAUGGUGGCGUGGCUGGUGCUGGCUCUGCUCCUGCACAAAGCCCCACCGGCCACAGCCCGUGCCACCCUGAAGGUGACAGGAGUGGUGGGGAGAGCAGUGUUGCUGAGAGCCGACGUCCCCCUGGGGUUCCAAGUCAGGGAUGCCAUCUGGAGGUACCUGGCGCCGGCAGAAGAGCUAGUGGCCACCUACUUCAGGGGCUCAGCAGAGACUCUGUACCAAUCCCGUUUCUAUGGGCGGAGCCAGCUCCAUGGUAACCUCACCCUGGAGAUCAGUCAGGUGGAACUGGGAGAUAGCGGCACCUUCUCAGCCUUGCUGGUGAACACACGAGGACAGACGGAGACGCGCAUGCUGCAUCUGGCAGUCUACGAAGUGAUUUCCCAGCUGACACUGCAGGUGUUCACAUCAGAGGGCAGCCGCAGUGGCUCUGUGAGGGUCUGCGAGGUGUUCCUGACCUGUGUGGCUGCCAGUGGCACCAACGUAACCUACAGCUGGGGCAGGACGGAUGGCGAGGUGCUGAGCAUGGACAAGCACUCUCUCUUUGAGGCUGGCCUGGUCCUAUGGGCUAAGCUGGACCCCUCGGAUAGGCAGGUGUCCUAUACCUGUACUGCAGCCAAUGCUGUCAGUUGGGAAUCAGCUACCAUCGCACCCUGGGAACACUGCCAGAGGGAAACAGGUGCGGAAGAUGCUGUGUACGACUAUAGAAACAUCCUGCUCAUUGCUCUGCCCCUCUCUGUCCUGGUCCUGGCAGUGGCUGUCUUCGGGAUCCUUCUCUCUCGGAAGUGCUCAGGGAAGCAAAGAACAAAAUCACUGUUGGACACCUCAGAGCCUGACACGGCCCCUGUCUAGGAAUUGAGACUGUGUGCAGAGCAGAGGCAUGUCCUUUUGGGAGAGCAGCCCUCCUUUCUCUUUAUUGCUGGCGAGGAAGAAAGCUCACAGGGUUUGCUUGAUCCACAUUCUCUUUUCUUCUGGAGAACUUCUCAGGGGGCUGGCAGCUUCCAUUGCCCCGGGGACAGCUGGGUGACUGUAAGAGUCACUGUGGGUCAGGAUCCCAGCACAGACUUGCUUUCAGCCACAGAAGCAUUAAUCAGCCCUCAGUCAGUCACUCACCCUUUGCACCGUGUUUCUCUCCCAGUUCCCCAGACCCCCACAUUAAAAACCAUGCAGACAUUUUUACUGAAUUUGCUUGUUUCUGUCUACAAUUUUCAUCAACAUUACUGAAUAAUCCUGAAUAGUAGUCUUCUGCUAGUUAACAUUUUAUCGGUGACCUCAUAGAAAACUGAAAAUCAUUACUGAUGAAGUUUGCAGUUGACGGUGGAGGGGUAAAUAAUGAAGAGGACUGGUCACUGGAGGGUAAUAUUAUAAAUGCCAGUCAACAUGGUUUAUGAUAAAUAAAUCCUGAUACCAAAAGGAAAGGCAUUAAACCAAUAGGGUUUUGAUGUGCUGCCCCUAAACAAUUGUCUAAGACAAUGACCAGGGUAUGAAUGAGGAUGUGCCAUUGAAAAGGCCUGCUGAGUAAAGAUGGAGCUGCUGAAAAGACCCUUCUAUCUUUCCUUGCCACCACUCUGUAGUCAAGUGGCUCACGAAGAGAUGUUACAUGGGCAAGAUUGUGAAAACCCAAUACACAACUAUAUGGUUGUUGCAACCGAUGUCUGAGACCCCAGAACCAUGUAAUGAGAGCCACACAACCAUGGUAAUAGAUAAUGAAUGUGAUCAUAAGGACAGCUCUUGGACUCAGCUGUUGUUUGAGACGCCAAAACCUAAUCAGGAGACUCUGAAUAAUUCCAAUGUCAGGGGUCAUAGGGCCAAAUCACAGCUAAGUUGCAAGUAGAAAUAUUUAAGGGUAAACAAGAGGUGCCGAUGAUAGAAACUGGUCACAAUCACGCAAAUGGCUAGGGAAUGUGGCACCCAGUCAAAACUUCGGUGGCUCAAGAGCAUCAGCUAAGGAGGCCUCUUGACACACAAGGCAAAGGUUUUAAGCACAUAAGAAAGGAAAAAUGGUGCCUUAUCUGUGUUUCUUCAUUAAAUCUGUCAGCUGUUGGGUGAUGACUCUUCAGAGGUCUUGGAAACUUUGCUUAGCGUCCCAGUGCGUAUGCCCCUUUAACAAGCACUGUGCCUUUGUUUGUGUUUGUGUAAGGGGUGUGCUGAUAGGGACCCAAAAUGCCCUCAGUGCUGUAGGCGUAGGGCUGUGCUUUGAUAUGGUUUGCAAGAGGUGGAGUCAAGUAAAUCUGCGCUGGCCUGGUCAUAUGACACCAUACCCCAUAAUGGGGCAUUCCAUAAAAACACACUUCCCACAGUCAUUUCCAAUUGACAUUUUAUUUGCAGUUUCUCAGCUGCUCAGAGACUUAUAAUAGGAAAUACAGGUAAGGCACCAUUUUAGUUUUUAUAACAUGCUUCAAACCUUUACUUUUUGUAUCAAAAGGACGCAUUAGCUCAUUUAGGCCCAUUGAAAUCAGUGGAAGUUAGGAACCUAAAUACCUUUCAUAGGUCUGCCAACCCUCCCGCUUUUGCCUGGAGUCUCCCAAAUUUGGGCUUUAUCUCCCGGAGACUACUAAAGCCCAUCGAGGAGAUUUUAGGCUGCUAGAAAUCUGGCAGCGCAGCAGGGCUAAGGCAGGCUCCUUACCUGCCCUGGCCCCAUGCUGCUCCCAAAAGUGGCCAGCAUGUCCCUGCGGCCCCUGCAAGGGGCAGGGGUCUCCGCGUGCUGCCUGUGCCCCAAGUGCCCCCUCCGCAACUCCCAUUGGCCAGGAACCUUAGGAGUCCACCAGUAUAAUCAAGAGAGUCCACAAACAUGCCUGCAACCAGAAGUGACGUGGGAUCACAUACCUUCCCCAAAUUUCUGCCUUCCAUUUAGCACUAGCCCCCCUAGUACCUAACAAGUACCCUAAAAUAGUUGCAAACAGGACUUGAUUGUCACACUCAACAGCUGUAAUGAAGAAAGAAGAACAUCUAGUGUGAAAUGCAUCAUCUUUGAACCAGUGAUUUCUUGUAGACCUUCUUGAAACCCUGGAAAUAUAUCUUCUCAACUGUACUUUGCAUUCUUUCUGUCUCUUCCUGUAUACUUCUCUUCUUUUUCAUAUUAAAGUCAUUCUGCAUCAU